UUGUGUAAAAAUGUCGAAUUACAGCUGAUUAAUUAUUAAUUUACUUCAUGUAAAAAUAUUAAUUUUUUUUCAUGACAGUUUAUAUGUUUUCAUUAUUAUAUUUAUAAGGUAUUUGUCCAACGUCAACACGAAUAUUUAAAUCAAAUUAAAUUAAUUAUAAGAAAAGUUUUCAUAGAGAGUUAUUCCCGGUAGUCCAUCUCUUAUGGAGAAAAAUGAUUUAAUUCAUGCCAAGUGUAUAUCUAUAUAUUAGUCCAUUCAAAUGGUUUUAAAUCAUUUCAAAUUGUUUUGAAUUAUUUCAAAUCAUUUUUUUCAAUCAGGGAUAAUACGGAAAGUAGCAGACGUCAAGAAAAUUUAUUUCUUUUAAAUAAAUUAUUAAAAAUUUUUUUAAAAAAACUUUAAAAAAUGUAAAAAAAUCUUCUUGUACAUAUUCUAAAAAUUGUAUUUUAUCUCAAGUAACUUGUUUAUAAAAAUUAAAAAAUUGUCUGAUGUCUGCUACUUUCAGUAUCAUCGGUAGUCUGUCUCUACCAAUGGCGAUCACUAAGCGCCUUCUGGUACUGUUACAAUGAUCUAUCAACAAAAUGGUUAGCAAACGCAGCAGGCCAAAUUUCUUUGCCUAAGUAGACGGAGAGAUCCGAGGAUAACAGCCUUCUGCAUCCGCGUUGGCAGAAAUUCACGAUAAACAAGUUGGUAUUCUAGCUAAUGCAGAUACAAAAUACUGUUUCAUCCCUCCAAGGACGCCAACAAUGAAAACGACAAGUCUGACACGGUAGCCUGGGCAAAGUUUGCCAAUUUCAAACAAGAGAUUCUGAUAUAUCUGUUGCUUGUACUCUUUUUUAACUGAUGUUUUACUCAGCACUUGCUGCGAAUUCAAUGACAUGUCAAACGUGGUUUUAUCAAGGAGCACAAUAUCCGGUCUGUUGUGGUGAAUUUUUCGAGUUGUUGCAAAUGCCAAUUUCCAAUAAAUACGACUUAUUGAUAUUAUUAUUAUUACUAAUAAAAAUAUAAAUAUUAAAGACUCGCCAGGAUAUUUUUCAUCAAUCAUUUGCAUUAUUUGAACAUAAGGACUUGGAUUUAAUUGCUUACGUUUAGAUUGAAUAUCCUCAAUACCAAUUAGUCGGUAUAAUAAUAAGUUUGCCAAUUUCAAACAGGAGAUCCUGAUAUAUCUGUUGUUUGUGCUCUUUUUCGACCGUAAUGUUAUACUCUAUAUCUCGUGCUGAAAACUUAAGAACAGUGAUUUUAGUAAUCAAACAAUUUUAAGGGAAAAAAGAAUUAAUAUGAAUCAUGAUGAAUAGAAAUUGAAUUAAUUAAUCCAUAAAUAAAUUAUACAUUUAAAAUAUUAAUAUUGUUAUAUAAAAAAUGAAUUACGGAAUUGACUGGGAAACUGAGCAACGUCAAACGUUGCUUGGUACUCGAGCUACUCUCGAAAGAUCUGCUCAGUCAGUAGCACGUUCUCAAACAGUUGCCGCUGAAACAGAACAAAUUGGUCAAGAAGUUGUUGCUGAAUUAGGUAUACAAAGAGAAACGCUAUUACGUACAAAAAGAAGAUUAUCUGAAACAGAUCAAGAAUUAGCAACCUCUAGAAAAAUAAUGCGAUUAAUUGGCCGAAGAGUUUUGACAAAUAAAAUUGUAUUAAUAUUAAUAAUUAUUUUAGAGAUUGCAAUACUCGGUAUCGUUAUCUACCUUAAAUUUUUUACUAAAAAAUAAUUUAUAUUUAUAAAAAUGCAUUUUACGUUAAAGUAUAAGCUUAAUAUAUAAAUUAAGUAAUUAAUAUUUAAAUAAUAUU